UUCAGCUACGUCAUCACGCAUAGAUAUCUUACGGCGACAGAGCACUACAGAUCGCUGCAGAAGUUGCAGAAAGUGAAGUGUUUAAGUGCAGACGGAGCUUUCCGCUUUCCACAGACGAAGUAACAGAGAUCGACAAAAUGUCUUCUACUGAGCCCGUCAUCAGAUCGAGACAGACAGAGAAAGAAGUCAAUGGAAUUUCAACACAGGUCGUCUGUACAGAGUUCAGCAAUUACAUAUUCAUAGUUCUCACUCAGUACGGAAAAAUGGGGACAUUGAUAUCUGUCACACCUGACUCCAGAUCUAAUGAUAUCAGCACCCCAGCGUUCUCCACCAAAGUACUGCUGGGCAAAGACGAGCCACUGACACAUGUUUGUGCCAAAAACCUGGCAACUUUUGUGUCACAAGAAGCUGGCAACAAGCCUGUCUUAAUGGGUCUGGCACUCAAGGAUUCCACCAUGGAUGCAAUAAAACAAAUGAAAGAGAUCAUCAAAAGUUGUCAAGUCUGGUAGGGAGUCAACAUAAUGGACACACAGCCUGAAGGCUGGCUGAAAUACAAGCCUCUGGAUGCCCCAAAUGUCACAUUCUUCUGUGUUUUUCUUUUAAUCGGAAAGACUUUACUAUUUACUAAAUGGCAGUCUGUGAUUUGAAGAAAGAAAACAACUGAUGCUUGUGCUGCGAGACAGAAAUAUUUGAUACCAAUUUCAUUGACUCUGUUAUGUUUGAUUUGUUGAGCCAGUAAAGUUUUCUUGAAAAUAUUUUACAGUUUGUCUUGUUGGAAAGAAAGAUUUUCUGAAAGCCACUGUGCUCUCAGAAAAUGGAAGAAUGUUCGUUGACUAAGUUAUAGUUUGCAAAUAGCUCCAGUUCAUCCCUGUGUGAAAUAUGUAUUGACCUUAUUCCUUCUGUUUGUUAGUAAUACUUCAUACUGUUUGCUAUUUUUAUUUUUUUUCCGGAUGCAAAUAUUAAAAAUGUGUUCAUUAAGAGAAUGUAGAAAUAAAGCUAAAUAGACCACUUUUAAAA